AUGGUAUCAUUUGAUAUUUCGAGCCUUUAUGCAAAUAUACCUCUUAAAGAAGCAAUUGAAAUUAUUUUGAACCAUUUAUAUAAUGAUCAAGUACCACCAUCAUCAAUGGAAAGAAAAGACAUGAAGAAACUAUUGGAAUUUGCAACACAAUAUUCUCAUUUUCUCUUCAAUAGUAAAGUUUAUGAUCAAGUAGAUGGAGUUUCUAUAGAAUCGCCCUUGGCUCCCCUUCGUGCCGGGACUUUUCUCCAAGACUCCGAAAAGAAACAUCUAUCAUUAUUUGACAUUAUGGGCAUUGGUUAUUGGAAAUGUUAUGUGGAUGAUACUUUUGUGUUAAUUGGCUCAAGAAUUUCUCCAGAUGACAUUUGUACUCGCUUAUCGUAA